ACUGGCUGACUGGCUGCACACAGCGGAGCGUGAGGCUGUUCACUUGCUGCUUCACUGCCCCAUGCUAGCUGACACAGACUCGCCGACUGCCGCUCACUCUGACACAUACAGACACACUCUCACUGCCUCUCUCUCUGUCGCAAACUCAUACCGGCUCUCUCCCUCCCAUACUCACUCACUCACUCACUCGCUUACUCACUCCCUCUCUUUCUCUCACUUACACACACACGCACACACACACAUUCACACACGCACAGUCAGUCACCAGCCCUCAUUCAACUCCCUCUCAGCCACGGGUCAGCAGCUCAGACAGGCAUCUUAUUCCUUUCCAGCUGGAAAGAGCAAAGCAUCGCAAGGUGCAUACUCACACACACAAACAUACACAUAUUCUUAAUCACACUCACAGAGGCACAUAUAUUUAUACACACCAUCUCAUCCAAACAAACACACUGUGACACACAUGCACAUCUUCAUAGAUGCCGGGACUAUAUCUGUGGAACAGGAAAGAAGACUUCAGUCUAAGGAGGAGGAGAACAAACAGGAGCAACACUAGAGAGGAACUUUUAAAAGUGGAUUCAUAAAAUUACAACAGUUUACGACACCAGCUAACAAACAGAAUUGACAAAAGGACAGAAGAUGACAACAGGACAACCUUUGACAAGCUUGUGUCUGUAGGAAGGCCUGGUGUCAGAUCAUCCUUCCUAAAGUGCACUUGGGUCAUCAGUGACAUCCAAAGGAUCUGCUUUGAGUGCCAUUUCCCUCCCUUCUUGUUACUGGACGCCCACCCUGUUGUUAUCCCUCCACUGGGGCAUCUCCUGAACAUCAGCAUGCCUGCAGCCUGCACAAGGUGCACCUUGGGAGUCUGACCCACCAUGUGCAGAUGGACGGCGUCCGUAGCUCGUAUCUGUCCUGAACCUGCCCUUGGCACCACCACUACUGCAGCCUCCACCGGGCAGCUUCUCCCCCUGCCCAGUGCAGCCUCCCUUUGCCUGGCAUGCCUCACCCUUCUUGUGGUCACCGCUGGCACUGCCACAGGGGCCUGUCCUCCUGGGGUAGGGCAUGAACCUCUUCAGGUGCUGGCGACUGGAAUCAACUGUUCAUGGACACUGGAAAGACACACUCGUAGUUACAAUCAUCUAGAAGGUGACGUCCGACUACGGCGACUUUACUCUGCCAACAAGUUCUUCCUCUGCAUAGACAAAACAGGCAAGGUGGACGGCACCCGGCGGAAAAACUACGCAGACAGCCUGAUGGAAAUCCGAUCUGUCAGUGUGGGAGUUGUUGCCAUCAAAUCUGUCAGCACUGGGCUGUACUUAGCUAUGUCCAAGAAAGGCACGCUCUUUGGAUCGGUGAAGUACAACCCGAGCUGUAAGUUCAAGGAGCGCAUCGAGGAGAACGGAUACAACACGUACGCCUCCCUUCGUUGGAAGCACGGUGGCAGGCAGAUGUUUGUUUCUCUGAACGGGCGGGGGAAACCACGGCGAGGUCACAAGGCCCGAAGAAGACACCCAUCCACUCAUUUCCUGCCUAUGCUUCCCUCCUAGCUGCCUAAGUUUGAACUCUGACAGGCAAUCAUAUUUUUAUUAUUCCAUCUUCCUGUCCCAUAAGUGUACAUUUGUUGGUAUAACAUUUGUAGAGUUAGUAAAAUGUGUACUUUUAAGUUAUUUUCUCCAUUUUCUAAUGAUUAUUCAGUAACACAGUCCAAUACAGUAGAGUCCUAUUAUCCUCAGGCUUCAGUCUGACAGCAGUACCUGUCUGUGCCCAUCGAUUUGUACUGUGCAUCGAUCUUCUUCGUCUGUAAGCUGGAGGCAAACAUUUGGGUGACUUUAAGAGAACUCAAAAGGCACAUGAAGGCUUGAAGCCAACAAAUGUUUGUUGUUGUUUUUUUUUUGUCUGUUUUAUAAGCUCAACAAAAUAUGAGGGAAAAUAUUGAAAAAUUACUUUGAAAAAACAAAAAAAUGUUGCGAUAACUGCAUCACUUUAAUAUUCGUUGAUAAGAGACACUGUUCCUGAUUAGCGCAGACAAGAUGGAAACCUCUACUGACUUUAACAAAUCAUAUCAGAAAUGCGCUUUUUUGUCAGUACAUGUCUUUAUACAACAGAAAGAAAGCUAACUACUGGGAUCACAUGCUGGAUUUCCUGAGUUGACCUCUGUUUGUCUGUGAACGCAUGCUUUUAUCCGACUCCUGCCCCUCAUUCAUCAACCUUCAGCUAAUAGAUUAGAAACAGUGUUUGAAAUCAUGCAGUCUCUCUCAUCUCUUAAUUCAGUCGUGACAUAGCAAUUUCUAGUUAUUUAAUGCAUUUUACAGACUAUUUGUACACCUAAUGUCACAUAGCUGCAACUUCAGUCUUUAAUUUUGUACACAGUAGUAAACGGUUUUUACCUGUUGCCUCCUGUCAAGUCUCGCUAACAUUUUCUUGAGAACAAGGCUGUUGCUAAUAGAACAUUUAAUAUAUUUAAAACAUUUUGUACUCUUUAACUGUUUGAAGUUGAUGUUUAUUGUUGCAUCUUUGUGUUGGAUUAUAACCCGACUGUU